AUGAAUGACAAAAAAGGGUAUAUUGCUGCUGCAAGUGGGAAAUACCCUAAUUAUUUAAGUGACCGUGAAAUAUUUAUUCGUUUUUUUAAAGAAUAUCGUGAUGCUAAUGGGCUCGCCAAAUACAUUAAUAGAGCUAACGAAGUAGCGGAGAGAAAUAUUAAAGUUUUCUCUAUAGAACUAGAUGAUAUGUCUUCGUUCGGACAGCUUCACCUUGCUCAACGUAUUCAAAUGAAUGUGUCUGGAUACAUGGAAGAGCUGUUUAGGGUAAUCGAUAAUUUAAUACCGCAUAAUGGGCGUUGUGAUGACAUGAUAGAUCAGUUGCUAUUUGAAGCUCGAGCUUCCGGUCAAGAUUUUCCUCCGGCGUUGGCGCGUCGUUAUGAACUGGACAUUGUACCACUCAGUGGUUUUUCAGUUCCUAUUUCCCUGAGAAACCUUAAAGGUGCCGCAAUUGGUACACUUACUGUUCUGCGUGGUAUAUGCAUAGCAGCAACUGCUGUUCGGCCGAAAUUGGUUAUGCUAGUAUCUGUUUGUGAAGUUUGUGCCGAGACCACUUUCCAGCAAGUUAUUGGUGACCGCUUAACACCACAGCAGGUAUGCCAAUCGCAACGGUGCAAAAUGGAAAAUGCAAUCGGCAGACUGCUUCCCCAGUACAAAGCAAGCAAGUUUUUGAAAUACCAAGAGUUGAGAGUGCAGGAACUUCCCCAAGAUGUACCGAGAGGUGCAAUACCACGAACAAUUCGAGUAAUAUGUGAAGGUGAACAAACCAGGGUUGCUAGUCCCGGUCAAGUCAUUCAAAUCACUGGAACUUAUUGCCCUGAUCCAUCGACUGGUCAGGGCCACGAGGCAUUCCGAGCGUCGACAAUGAUUAAGACUCUCUAUCGAGCUAUACAUAUCGCUUUGGAAAAGCGUAGCUAUGAUGAGACAGCUGAGGAUUUACGAGGGCAGAUAGAAAAUGUACAGAAUUAUCCAGAUCGUGAAGCAGUAAUUGAGAAGUUGACGCGUAGCAUUGCUCCAGAGAUAUGGGGAAUGGAGGAUGUGAAAAAAGCGCUUUUAUGCCAAUUAAUCGGGGGUAGCUCUAUUAAAAACGGUGUGCGUAUUCGAGGUGAUAUCAAUAUUCUCUUCAUGGGCGACCCUGGUGUGGCAAAAAGUCAACUACUCAAGUGGAUUGCAUCUGUGGCUCCCAGAUCUGUUUUUACUACGGGUAAAGGAAGUUCUGGGGUUGGUCUCACCGCGGCUGUGACGCGAGAUUCACACACAGGAGAGAUAAUGCUUGAGGGGGGCGCUCUUGUACUUUCUGACAAGGGAGUUUGUUGUAUUGAUGAGUUUGACAAAAUGGAUGAAGCAGAUAGAACUGCUUUGCAUGAGGUUAUGGAACAACAGAUCGUAUCCAUUGCCAAAGCUGGCAUUAUUACAUCUCUCAACGCACGAACCUCCAUUUUGGCAGCCUCCAAUCCAAAGUACGGCAGAUGGCGUCGAAAUGCAACACCUAGCGAAAAUGUCAACCUACCACCAGCUCUGCUCUCUCGCUUUGAUCUUCUGUGGCUUUUGCUAGAUGAAUCAACCCGCGAGCGCGAUACUGAACUUUCUAUGCAUGUUACACAUGUCCAUCUCCAUGGUGUGGCACCUGGAGCAACAUCAAGCAGCACAGUCCAAGGUUCAUCUUCUGAAUAUUUUGGAAAGGAUUUUCUUCGUGCAUAUGUUGGUGAAGCAAAAAGAAUCCACCCUUCUGUGGAUCCUGUUGCUGCUAAAGCUAUGAGUGACAUAUAUUGUGAAAUGCGUGCUCAGGCUACGCACCGAAGCAAUGUAGUGACAGCGCGAACCUUACUGAGCCUUAUUCGACUUUCACAGGCUUGCGCAAGGUUGCGUUUUUCUGAACGCGUUACGGAAGUGGACGUUCGAGAAGCAGGCCGGCUUCUUGAUUGCAGCAAGGCAUCGUUACAGGAUCGUCCAACUUCUGAUGGAAGGAGAACUGUAUCCACGUCAGAUGCUUCUAUUUUCACCAUAAUUAAAGAGUUAGCUUAUGGGCGUACUGCAAUUGAUCUUUCAGAAGUAAGACCAACUUUGAUGAUGAAAGGAAUAUCUGAGUCACACUUGCAAAGAUGUUUGCAGACGUAUUCUGAUGUUGGUGUGUGGAACGUAACAGAUCAUACGGUAGAGUUUUCAGAGCAAUGA